AUGGCAACCAGCAAUGUCAUAUUCUUCGGGGACCAGACGGCCGAGGCGGGCCCCUUUCUCAAGAGCCUAGUCGAGCAGUCCAAGACAUCGCUGGCGCUCGGACGCUUCUUCACCGAGGCCGUCGCGGCGCUGAGGGUCGAGGUGGCCGGCCUGCCCGAGGACGAGAGACGGGCGCUGCCCGUCUUCCACUCAGCCCUGGACCUGGCCGAGCACCGCGCCGAGCCGGGGAGCAGCGCCCGCGUCGUCUUGUCGACCACCGUCUUCCGCGUGGAGCAAGACCCCACACUGCUGGGCCGUGCCGCCGCGGACUCAGAAACGGCCCUAAACCGCCGCAUCGUCGGCUUCUGCACGGGCCUGCUUCCGGCCGCCGCCGCCGCCGCCGCCACGAGUCUGCCGGCCCUGACGUCAACGGCGAGCCACAUUGUCGUGGUGGCGCUGCGGCUCGGGCUGCACGUGCGCCACCGGUCUGCACUCAUCGAGCCAGCCACUGCUCUCAUCGAGCCAGCCACUGCUGGUAUCGACAACAGCUGGUCCGCCCUCGUCAGCGGCGCCAGCCCGGCCGAGUACCGCUCGGCCAUGGCGCACUUCCACCAGACGCACGCCACGCCCGUGCACAAGCAGCUGUACGUCAGCGCUGAGACGGCCUCCAGCGCCACCGUCAGCGGCCCGCCGUCCGUGCUAUCCGCCUUUGUGAGUACCUGCGCCGCAGCAGGCUUCCGCACCGCGCGCCUGCCCGUCUACGGCGCGUUCCACGCGGCGCACCUCCCCGCGCCGAGCGCCGAGACCGUCGCGGCCGUGAUCGGCGCCUCGCCGGUCCUAGACGCACCGGUCCCGCCCGGCACCGUGCUGGUCGACCCCGGCACUGGGCAGCCGUACGGCGCUUCUCAAACGCUGCGCGGCCUGCUGCAGCACGCCCUCGCGCACAUCCUGCAGCACGAGCUGUUCCCGGCCACGGCCGUCGAGGGCGCCCUCGGCGGGAUCCAGCAGGCCCCUGACGCGCCCGUGUCUGUGUCCGUUUUCGGCCCAUCCAACGCCGAGAACUUGCUGCGCACGGCACUUAAAACCGCCGGCCUCGAGCAGACGGCUACGCUGACGACCGCCGCCUCCCUGGCCGCGCCCAGCAGCAGCAGCAGCAGCGCUGCGCAGACCAACAGCAACAUCGGCGACAUGUCGGACGCCAUCGCCGUAGUCGGCAUGUCCGCGCGCCUGCCCGGCAGCGAGACGCUGUCCGAGUUCUGGGACACGCUGGUCCAGAACAAAGACUUGCACCAGCAAGUCCCCGCCUCGCGGUGGGACGCGGCGCUGCACACCGACGCCUCCGGUCAGCGCCCCAACACCACGCACUCGGCGUGGGGCUGCUUCAUCGAGCGGCCCGGCGCGUUCGACAACCUGAUGUUCAACGUCUCGCCGCGCGAGAGCGUGCAGACGGACCCCGUGCAGCGGCUGUUGUUGAUGGCCACGUACGAGGCGCUCGAGAUGGCCGGGUUUAGGUAUGACGCGAAUAAGCCGGAGUGGAAUGGUGGGAGGCGGGUCGGGACUUUUGUCGGCUUGGCGACGGAUGAUUGGCGCGAGUAUAACAUCGCGCAGGAGAUUGAGAUGUACUUUGUCACGGGCGGGCUUCGGUCGUUCGCGUCGGGGCGGCUGAACUACUUUUUCAAGUUCGAGGGCCCGUCGUACGUGGUCGACACGGCAUGUUCGUCAAGCGGCGCGGCCGUCGAGCUGGCGUGCGCGUCGCUGCUCGGCGGGCGGUGCGACAUGGCGGUUGCCGGCGGCGGUAACGUCAUGACGGGGCCCAACCUGUGGUCCGGGCUCAGCCGCGGCGGCUUCGUGUCGCCGACAGGCGGCUGCAAGACGUUCGACGAGACCGCCGACGGCUACUGCCGCGGCGAGGGCGUGGGCGUGGUCGUGCUCAAGCGCCUGGCCGAUGCUCUGGCCGAGGGCGACGCUAUUCAGGGGGUGAUUAGAGGCGUCGCGACUAACCACUCGGCUUACGCGCCGUCCAUCACCCAGCCGCACGCGCCCACGCAGGUCGGCUAUGUCGAGAUGCACGGCACCGGCACGCAGUCGGGAGACGUCACCGAGAUGAACUCGGUGGUGUCGACGUUUGGCGAGGGCCGGCUGCCGGACAACCCCCUUUACGUCGGCGGAGUCAAAGCGAACGUCGGGCACGGUGGGGGUGCUGCCGGCGUCACCGGACUCAUCAAGGCGCUGCUCAUGUUCCGCGAGAACGCCAUCCCGCCGCACGCGGGCAUCAAGACGCGCCUCAACCCCAAGCUGCCGCCGCUCGAGAGCGCCAACAUCCACAUCCCCCGCCAGCUGGAGCCGUUUAUUGGCUCAGACGAAGUGCGGCGCAGGGUUCUCAUCAGCAGCUUCGGCGCAACGGGCGGAAACACCUGCGUCCUCGUCGAAGAACCCCCCAAGCCGGCCCGCAGCGGCCAGGACCCGCGCACCCACCACGUCGUGGCCGUGUCGGCCAAGAACCAGGCCUCCCUGACCGGCAACAAGCAGCGGCUGCUCGACUAUCUCGCCGCGAACCCCGGCGUGCCGCUCGAGGACAUUGCCUACACGACGACGGCGCGACGCCCGCACCACGCGCUGCGCUCCGUCUUCACCGUGUCGAGCCUCGUCGAGCUGAAGCAGGCCCUGACUGCACAGCUCGGCCCGUCCAGCACCCCCGAGCCGGCGGUCAAGCCCGGCAAGGCGCAGCCGUCGGUCGUGUUCGUGUUCCCCGGCCAGGGCUUCAACUUCUGCGGACUGGCCAAGACGCUGCACGCGACCAACCCCGUCUUCCAGCAGACGCUCGACGAGCUACAGGACAUGUGCACGGCCAUGGACCUGCCGCGCUUCAUGGACCGCGUGCUCGACGGGCAGGUGGCCGACAUGGGCCAGCUCAGCCCCGUGCAGGCGCACCUGGCCAUCGUGGCCAUCGAGCUCGGGCUGGCGCGGCUGCUGCGGGCGUGGGGGCUCACGCCGAGCGCCGUCGUCGGCCACAGCCUCGGCGAGUACGCGGCGCUGUGCACGGCGGGCGUGCUGACGGUGGCCGACACGCUGCUGCUGGUGGGCCGGCGCGCGCAGCUGGUCGAGGAGCUGUGCACCAAGGGCACGCACGGCAUGCUGAUGGUGCAGACGUCGGCCGACCGCUUCCGCAGCAUGGUAGAGGGCCGCGGCGCCGGCGCCUUCGACGUGGCCUGCUUCAACGGGCCCGGCGCCAUUGUCGUCAACGGCCGCAUGAAGAACCUCGAGAGGAUCCAGGCCAUCCUGCACGAUGACGGCGGCGUCAAGUCGUCGUACGUGGCGGUGCCCUACUCAUUCCACUCAGCCCAGCUCGACACCAUCCUCGACGACUACCGCCAAGUCGCCGCCGCCGUCACCUUCUCCGCGCCCGCCGUGCCCGUCGCCUCGACGCUGCUCGGCAAGGUUGUCGACACUGACGGCGUGUUUUCGGCGUCGUACCUGGCCGAGCAGACGCGCAAGCCCGUGCAGUUCGAGGCGGCCGUCAAGGCGCUGCAGGCCGCGGGCUUUGUGACGGACAAGACGCUGUUCGUCGAGACGGGGCCCGGCGCCAUGUGCCUGUCCAUGACGCAGGCCAGCCUGGGCGCGCCGUGCAAGCUGCUGCCGUGCCUCAAGGCGGCCGACACCAACUGGAAGACGCUGGCAAAGGUCGCCGCCGACGCGUACGCGGCCGGCAUCGCCGUCGACUGGGCCGAGUUCCACCGCCCGUACCGCCCCAGCCUGGCCGUCGCCGACCUGCCCACGUACCACUUCAACCUCAAGGACUACUGGAUCCAGUACAAGGGGGGCGUGGCCGGGCUCGAGGCCGAGAUGGUCACCCUCAAACAGCAGGUGGCAACGCUCUCUGCGCGGCCCCAGGCCCUGCUGCCCGGCCUCGACGGCCCCCGACAAGACGCCGCCGCCGCCGCCGCCGCAGCAGCAGCAGCACAUAUCCCGCACGUCAGCACCUGCCUGCACCGCGUUGUCUCUGAGGACCUGUCCAAGGCCACAGUCGAGUUCUCGACCAACAUCCAAGAGCCUAGCCUGCGCGCGCUCGUCGACGGGCACCGCGUGGUCGGCAUCGCGCUCGCUCCGAGCAGCAUGUACAAGGAGACAGCGCUCAGCGCGGCGCGGUACCUGUACACGCGCACGCACCCUGACCGGCCGACACCGGCCGCCAUGGACCUGUACGACCUGGUCAUCUCGUCGCCCAUGUUCCUCGGCGACGACGCGUCCACACCACAGCCGAUCCGCAUCACGGCGUCCAUGGCGCCCGGCACCGCCACGGCGCGCAUCACCAUCAACACGGGCAAGAAGGAGCACUGCCGCUGCACCGUCGCGCUGUCGCCCACCGCGGCCUGGGCCAAGGACUGGGCGCGCCGCCGCUACCUGCUCGCGGACCGGCUGCAGCGGCUGCGGGACCCGGCCGCCGGCGGCCCGCCCGUGCACCACCUGCGCCGCGACAUGGUGUACAAGAUCUUCGUGCCCGUGACCGAGUACUCGGCCGCGUACCAGUCCAUCUCGGAGAUAUUCAUCGAUAGCGCGUUCCGCGAGGCCGCCGUCGUGCUCGACCUGCGGCAGACGCCGGCGGGGGAUAGCUUCGCGGCGGACCCGUGCUGGCUGGACAACAUUGCGCAGACGGCGGGCUUCGUGCUGAAUGCCGACGUCGCCAACCCCGACGACAUGCUGUGCAUGAGCACGGGCUGCGACCUGAUGCGGCUGACGACGGCCUUUACCGGCGGCAAGCGGUACCUGUGCCACGUGCGCGCCGAGGCCGUGGCGGGGACCGCUGGGAAGGAGCUCGUGUGCGAUGUAACGGUUGUCGAGGAGGGCGAGGAGGGUAAUGUGGUCGCGCUGGGCGAGGGGCUGCGGUUCAAGCGGAUCAAGAAGUUGUUGCUGCAGAAGAUGCUGGGCGUGGCGGCGCCGGGGGGGGCUGCUGCUGCUGCUGCUGCUGCUCCUGCGGCAGUGAAGCCCGUGGCCAAGCCGGCGGCUGCUGCUCCAGCUGCAGUCCAGAUGAAGGCGCCUGCGGCCAAGCGGGCAGCCCCUGCGUCUAGCGGACAGAAGCAGCCGAACGGAGUUGCCAAGCCAGAGGUGAACGGCACGCGCACGCCGCCGGCCGCGAAAGCAGCGCCGCCGCCCCAGACAAACAGCAACAGCAACAGCAACAGCAGCAGCAGCAGCCGCGACUUGUCGGCGGUGCUGGCGCUGAUCAGCAAGGAGAUCGGCACGCAGCUGGACGAGACCGAGGACAGCACGACGCUCGAGGAGCUGGGCGUCGACUCGCUGCUGACCGUGUCUAUCACGACCAAGCUCAAGGCCGAGACGGGGCUGGAGCUGCCGACGACGCUGAUCUCUGGCGCCACGAGCAUCGCCGAGCUACGCGAGUAUUUCCGCGCCGAGGGCGAAGAUACAAACGACGGAUACAUCGCCACGCCAGUGGAUGAUGGAGAGGGCGACAACGACGACGACGACCGCAGCUGGAGCAUCACCAACGAUAACGACCUGCCGAGCCCGGCGUCGGCCGACGGCGUGCGCGUGGCGCGCACCAGCUCGAUGCCGGCCAGCUCCGCGUCGGAGCCCGACGACGCCGCGUGGGGCAGCAAGCCCGCCCCUGGCUCCGACAAGGGCCACACCAGCAGCAGCCUCAUGGACGCGAUCCUCGCGGCCAUCGCCAAGGAGACGGGCGCGACGCCGGCCGAGAUCGACCAGGACACGCCGUUCACGGGCCUGGGCAUCGACUCGCUGAUGAGCGUGGCGGUCAUCGGCGCCGUCAAGGACCAGACGGGCGAGGAGCUGCCGACGAGCCUGUUCUCCGACUGCGAGACGCUGGCCGAGGUGCGCGCGGCGCUGGGUGAGGGUGAGGGUGAGCAGCAGCAGCAGGACGACGGACCAGGGCCUGAAGCUGACGUGAAUGGAACCACAGACCACACCACUCCCCCGCCAGCCGCCCUGCCCACACCACCUCGGCUCGCAGCACUCCUACCGCGCCCCCAGAAAACCUUCAACCCCGCCGAGUACACCAGCAAGACGACCCUCCUGCAGGGCCGCCCGCGGUCCAAGGGCCCGAUCCUGUUCCUCGUGACCGACGGCGGCGGGGUCGCCGCAGUGUACGUGCAGGUCCCAGCCCUAGCCCCCGGCCUGACCGUGUACUCGCUCGACUCGCCCUUCAUGGGCACCGACUCCUCGGGCGCGACGCGCGAGCACGAUCUCUUCCUCCCCGGGGUGACGGUCGAGGGUGUGGCGUCCGUGUACAGCCGGGCGAUCCGGGCGAUCCAGCCGCACGGCCCGUACCUGGUGGGCGGGUACUCGAUCGGGGGCAUGUUCGCGUACGCCGUGGUCAACGACCUGAUCGCGGCCGGCGAGGAGGUGCACGGCUUCGUGACGCUCGACACGGCAUGCCCGCGCAACCUGAGCGGCGCCAUCAAGGUCGACGUGGACGUCUGCGACACGAUGGGCAUGUACGACAGCAUUUCCGAGGAGGACCAGCGCAAGCCGCUCACGCCCGCGCAGAAGCUGCACAUUGCCGGCUGCGUCAACAUCUCGUGCGAGUAUAAUGCUGUGCCGCUGCCCGCGGACAAGCGCCCGCGCCACGUGUUUUGCGUGUGGGCCAAGGUGGGCUUCGUCGAGCAUAUCGCGGACAAGGUCAUCGAGGUUGGCCGUGAGAUUGCCAAGCAGCAGGGCAACGACGUGGACGAGAUGAAUCCCGAGUGGGUCGACUGGCUCGAGUCGGAGAAGAAGACGUUCGGGCCGCGCGGCUGGGACAAGCUGUGCGGGAGCGUGGAGACGUUUGUCGUUGAGGGAGACCACUUUUCCAUCAUGAUGCGGCCGAGGGUCAAGACUCUCCUGGGCCCGCUGCUCCAGAAGCUCAUGAAGCGCAUGCCCGGUGUGCUCUCGCGCGCCGCAGUCGAAGCGCACUUCAUCUCCGCCGCGGCAAUGAUGCCGCACUUCGCACGCGAGCUGGGGUGCUACGACUUCCUGACGCGGAUCUACCCCGCACAAAAACAGCUCGUGCUGGCGUACGUCGUCGAAGCCUUUGCCAAGCUCGGCAGCCCGCUCGACCAGAUGGCCGCCGGCACGCCCAUUGUCCCGCCCACAGCGAUCCUGCCGCGGCACGCGGCCGUCACCGACGCGCUGCUCGAGAUCCUCGAGCACGCGCGGCUGGUCGAGCGGCGCAACGGCCGGCGCGUGCGCACGCAGCGGCCGGUGGAGACCGACAAGGCGUCGGCCGAGCAGCUCAGCGCGCGCCUCGUGCGCGCCGACGCACCCCACGCCGGCACGCACCAGCUGCUGCACGUCACGGGGUCGAAGCUGGCCGAGUGCCUCACCGGCGCGGCGGACCCGAUCCAGCUCAUCUUCGGCGCCAGCCGGCAGCUGCUCUGGACAGAGCCGUCGGACUCGACGCGGCCCGUCGAGAUCCUCGAGAUCGGUGCCGGGCUCUGCGGCACCACCAAGCACGUGCUCGAGACGCUCGUCGACGCGCGGAUUCCGUUCCGCUUCGUGUACACGGACAUCUCGCCGUCGCUGCGGGCGGCGGCGGGCAGCGCUACCGAGCAUAUGACGCUGGACGUGGAGAAGGAGGCGCCGGCGGCGCUGGCGGGGCGGUUCGACGCCGUGGUGUCGACGUGCUGCAUGCACGCGACGCACAGCCUGGUGCAGAGCUGCAGCCACGCGCGCGCGCUGCUGCGGCCGGGCGGCUUCCUGGCGCUGGUCGAGCUGGUGCCGGCGCUGCGGCUGGCGUGGCUGGACUUGGUGUUUGGCCUGCUCGAAGGCUGGUGGCUGUUUGACGACAGCCGCAAGCACUGUCUUGCUGAUGAGCUGUUCUGGAAGGCCAGCCUCGAGCAGGCUGGUUUCAGCAACGUCGUGUGGGCAGAUACCGACGGCGAGGUGUACCGCCCGAACCCGCAGGUUAUCAUCGCGUGCACCGACUAG